UCAAUAGUUGUGGCGAGAAUGAUCUGGAGAGCAGAAGAAAGAUCUUUUCCCUCCAAAUCUUCUUCGUCUCUUUAUAAAUUACGAAAAUGUCUUCAGGUCUUUUCACUAUCCAUAGAAGCUUGAAUUAUCUGAAUCAAAAGAAAUCAAAGAAAAAUUUUGCAUUUUUGGUUGGUGGAGAAAGAGAGAGAGAGAGAGAUUCGCAGGAACUGAGUCAUCGGGAGUUGUGGAUCCUUUUGCUGGGUUUUCGUCGUCAUUACAUAUUUUUGUCUUUGCUGGGAUUGGUCAACUGAAUUCGGUCAAGGAUGAUGCCUAUGUACAUGAAUUCAUCACAACCAGACCAGAUGAGACCACAAGGACACUAUCACCAAAUGUUUGGGAAUUAUCCUCAACAUAUGACAAUGGAUGCUUCAUCGCCUGCGUCGUCAUGUGAACAUUGGCCUGCUCCAUCACCGUGUUACGGAAGCUGUGUCCAUGGAAACUAUCCUGCCUACACUCCUUACUGGCCUCCUUGUUAUCCCCCACAAGUACCGUACCAUACAUGUCCCGUGUUCCAUUCUCACGCUCCUCCUUAUUACAUUCAGCAGCCGUUUCCAGUUGGUUAUCAGCCUGACAAGGAUGUGCCUGGGAAGCAUCGAUGCACAAACUGUUCUCCCCAAAGGUGUUACCCGAAGAAUGACAGAGGCGUUGUAAUCGAAGAGCACGAACCGGAGAUUGAGAAAGGAGACCACGGAGAGCUUGUUCGUUCAACCAACUGCCCUUAUCCCAUCAUAUGGAUUCCUCAUGAGAAUGCUUGGAAUCAAGAACAUGGAAGCCAUGACCAGCCUCCUGCUGAGAUUAAAGCUCCUGAGAGUACCAAGGUACAGAAAAGCGAACCUAAGUCUUGGAAUGGUUGCUUUCCGUUCGACGAGAACAUCAUCAAGUCCUUCAUAGAAAAUCAAGACAGGAGAAAGGUGCAGAAUGGUAAAACCGUGGAACUCCCUUUUGAUAUCAGCAAGCUGAAAUCAUUAUUGCAGGGUCAAGAGGGGAAAGAAGUACAGAUCCAGAAGAACAAACAGCCGAGACAACUUCAGUAUCCUAUCUUUUGGAUACCAUCUCAUGGGCAACAAGAAGAUGUUGAAGCUUCUGAGAACAGGGAGCGUGGUCAAGAAGGGAGUAACCUGAAAGGGGACUUCGGGUGCAAUGUACCCUUGGAUGCGAUGAAGAACAGUUCCGUGAGAAAUAUUUCUGUGGAGAACCAUCUACAAGAACCAAAAAAUAUUCCUGUCAAACUAUUAGAAAACCGUCUUCCAGAAACAACAGAGCCUACCAAGAAGAUUGCAAAGACAGAGUCAGUUGAGAAUGCAAAAAAAGAGCAGGGUUCGUCUCCACCAAAAGCAUCUAGAUUACCUCCGGUGUGUCUGCGUAUUGACCCAUUGCCGAAGCGGAAAAAUGGUGGUUCCAAAUCUCUAAGCCCUCCUAGACGAAAGGAGCAACCCUUGACGACAAAAGAGACCAAGGUCGCAUCUCCAAUGAGCUCCAAGAAGGCCGAAACAAGGACUGUUCCUGAGGCUUGUAAUGUAAAAUGUGAAGAGUCAAACAAAGGAAAGAAGAUGUCUGAGGGAUGCCCAAAUUCAGCAGGAACAGAAAGAGAAUCAGGUGAAAGUAGCUCAAAUCUGCAAGAAGGAACAAACUUUGAGAUUGUUAAACCUUGUGAAACUACGGAGAAAAUGGAAAAGCCUACAAAGAAGACCUUUGCAGAAGAGGAAGCUGCUCGAAUUAUCCAAUCCAGGUACCGCGGAUAUGAUGUGAGAAGGUGGGAGCCAAUAAAGAAAUUGAAGGAGAUAGCUACUGUCCGCGAGCAGAUGGGUGAUGUUAAGAAGCAUAUGCAGGCGCUGGAAGUUUCUACUGAUCAGCACAAUGAAGGAAAGGAGAUUAUAGUUUUGGGAGAAAUGGUGAUGAGCCUCCUACUAAAACUGGAUUCUAUCCAGGGCUUGCAUCCAAGUAUCAGAGACUUUAGAAAAUCUUUGGCUAGAGAGCUCUCAGACAUGCAGGAGAGCCUUGACUCCUUGAAAAAGAUCAGUGCGGAGGAAGAGGCUCUAGAGGAACAAGUGGAAAUCACCUCCCAGACCAGUGAUUGUCCAAUGAACUUGGAACACAGUCAGCUUGCAGAAGAGAAAAAAAUGGUACAUGACUCGAAUACAGAGAAGGUUCAUCCUCCUCCUCGCGAGGAGCAUCCUAAGAGUCUCAUGAAUAUGACAGACGAACAGCUGGUGGCUGAAGCAGAAGAAAGGACCUUAACGAAGGAUCCUGAGCCAGCAACUGAAAGAAGCAUAAGUGAGUCAGGCUCGACUACCAUUCCAGAUAAAAUUGAAGCGAUUGAAGCUGUUCUACCAGUCAAUCCAUCGUCAGCUGAUAGAAAUGAAUUGACGGUGACGAACAUUGAGGAAGACAGGUUAAAGGAGCCCUUGCACGAAAUGCCACAUGUGGUGGAAACGACUCGUGGUCUGGGUUUUGAAGGCCUAACCGAGGUCUCUGAAAUUGAGAAUGGAGAGAGAAAAGGAGGAGAUGGUUCCGUGUUCCCUUCAGAGAAGGAUGUGGAAGUCCCCGAGCUACUUGUUGGAGUGAUUGAGGAUGAAACACAGGUUCCUUUACAAGAUUCAUUAUCAUGUGCUCGUGAAGCGGAAACGACUGCAAUAGACCCUGAGGCAGAGAGCCAGGAGGAGACCAAAGUUAACCAGUCGUGCGAUCGCUCCAAAGGCAUAGGCCAAGAGACGGCUGGGCCACAGGAAGAGGUAGAAGUGAAUGAAGAAGAGACAUCAGAAGAAACAAUAAAGGUGAUGGAGGAGAAGCAACGAUUCAAGGAAACGAUGGAGGCGCUAGCAAAGGCAGGCAGAGAACAACUCGAAAUCAUAUCGAAAUUAACCGGUCGGAUCGAAAGCCUUGAGAAGAAGCUGUCACAGAGGAAGAGGACUCAUAUUGGACGUCGUAAACCCAACCGUGGAAAGCAGAGAAACAAACCAAUGUCCCUGGUUCCGUAAUGUAAACAACAGAAACCUUUGAUUCUCUGUUCUCUGUCCCCACAUAUCCUGUAUCCAUCUCCAUAAUUGAGUUUUCCGAAAAAUUGUCCAUCUGUUUGUUCUCGGCUUGUGAAUCGAAAAUUCUCAAGAGUCCCAUUUCAUUA